AUGGGAGGAGCUGUGAGUGCUGGGGAAGAUAAUGAUGACUUAAUUGAUAACUUAAAAGAAGCUCAGUAUAUCCGCACUGAAAGAGUGGAGCAAGCCUUCAGAGCGAUUGAUCGCGGAGAUUACUAUUUGGAAGGCUACCGAGACAAUGCUUACAAAGACUUAGCCUGGAAGCAUGGCAACAUACACUUGUCAGCACCUUGCAUUUAUUCAGAAGUUAUGGAAGCGUUGAAACUUCAACCAGGAUUGUCUUUUCUUAACCUGGGAAGUGGAACCGGAUAUUUAAGUACAAUGGUGGGCUUAAUUUUAGGUCCUUUUGGAAUAAAUCAUGGGAUUGAGCUUCAUUCAGAUGUGGUGGAGUAUGCCAAGGAAAAACUGGAGAGCUUCAUCAAAAAUAGUGAUAGCUUUGAUAAAUUCGAGUUCUGUGAGCCUGCAUUUGUGGUUGGUAAUUGUCUGCAGAUAGCGUCAGACAGCCACCAGUAUGACCGGGUCUACUGCGGGGCUGGAGUCCAGAAGGACCACGAGCACUACAUGAAGAUACUGCUGAAAGUCGGGGGCAUCCUGGUCAUGCCUGUCGAAGACCAGUUAACACAAAUCAUGCGAACUGGACAAAACACUUGGGAAAGUAAAAGCAUCCUUGCUGUGUCAUUUGCCCCGCUUGUGCAGCCGAGCAAGAAUGACGGUGGCAAACCGGACUCUGUGGGCCUCCCCCCCUGUGCUGUCAGGAAUCUGCAGGACUUGGCUCGUAUUUACAUUCGACGCACACUUAGGAAUUUCAUAAACGAUGAGCUGCAGGCCAAGGGCGUUCCUCAGAGGGCUCCGCCCAAAAGGAAAAGGAAGAGGGUCAAGCAGAGGAUUAACACUUACGUCUUUGUGGGGAAUCAGCUCAUCCCUCAGCCUCUGGACAGCGAGGAAGAGGAGAAGAUGGAAGAGGAUAUUAGCGCGGGGGCGGGGCCGGGCCGCGGGGCCGCCCGCGAGCGGGAGACGCCGCCCCAAAACCUGCUGAGGGAGAAGAUCAUGAGGCUGCCCCUGCCCGAGGCUCUGAAAGCGUACUUGACGUACUUCAGGGAGAAGUGA